AGCCACCCACCCCCAGCCAUGGCUUUCUCGGGGCUGUACCGCUGGCAGCGCCUCGGCGCCGCGGCCCGGCCUAAGCCGAAGUUCAAUUCUGACAGUGUGGAGCACUGGAUCAAGAGAGUGGAACAAGCCUCUGAGUUUGCUGUUUCUGAAGCUUUUUCCCUUAACAAGUCAGCAUACCGUAAAGGUCUACAUGGUCCUGUGUUGGAUCUGGAAACAACAGAGCAGCUACAGGAUCAUGAUGAGGCCUAUGCAGAAGCCCAGGAGCUGCUCAAUGAUUGGAUGAAUUCCAAACUGAGACUGGAGCUGGCAAGUGACAUAGAAGAGGAUGUUGGAGAGUCUGCAGGAGACUCUAAUCCUUCUAAAGCACCCCUGGUUGGCUUUAUGAAGUAUGAGCGGUUUGAUGACUUGUGUGGCUAUCUGGAACAGGAGUUGGAGAGCACUACUGUUCAAGACUUUCUGCACCAUCUUUUACAAAGUGAAAUGGUGGACCAUGGUAUACUGAAAGACCUCCGGAUUGAAGACCUCAAGGAAAAACAAAAACCAAGGGAUCCACGAGUUACUAUGGAGCUUAGGCACAAGCAGGUCAAGGAAAACCGCAUAAAACAUCAGAAGGAGCUAGAGCUCCAGAGGCAAGAGAAGGCCCUGAAGAAAUUAGCUCUGUCUGAGGCUAAACAGCUAGUGCAGGAGGAGAAUAGAAGGAAGGACCUGAAGGCAAGGAAGGAAGAGGAGGAGAUCCAGAGAGAGAUGGUGAAGUUGCGGAAGGAAAUGGCAGAGAAGAGGCACAUCAUGGGAGAAGCGCAAAGAAUGGAGAGACAGAGGCAAAAAUCAGUAAAAACCCAGAAGCCAAUUGUGGCAGAACAGACACCAACCCCCUUGGAUCACGAGGAAGAGCAAGGAAAAGAAAAACAGAGGAAAGUGAAGGAGUGGCUGACCAGGAUUCAUAUACAGAACCAGCAAUGUCUACAGCAGCAUUUCUCUGCAUGGUUCAAGCUCGUUUUGGAGCACAGGAUUAAAAUGGGGAAAGCCAGGGCCCUCGCUGACUGGAAGUGCCAGCUGAAGGCCCUACGAGCCUGGAGAGACUAUACUUGGGCCCAGAAAUUGGAGCAGGAGACUCGGAAGUUGGAGACUCAUCUCAGGGAUCAAAACAGGAAAAUACAGUCUGCCUCUGAGUAUAAUCAAAGACGAGUUUUGCAUUGCUGCUUUGUAGAGUGGCAGCGCUGGAGCCGAGCAGAGGCAGAAAAGAGGGAGCUACAGUGGAGAAAAGAGGAGACCAAGAAGAGGAUGGAGCAUCUGCUGGAGGCAGUAUUAUUGGGGAAAAUAGGCCCAGAUGGAUCAUCCCAUGUUAGCAGGGCUGGGGCAAGAAAAAUGACCCAAGAUCAACCCAAGAGGCAAAAAAAGGUGACUGAAACACCACUUCAAGAGGUGCCCGUGACAAGUGUAGAACCUUGCUGUUGGGAGGCUAGCCAGACACUUCAUCUUCAUUUGUGCCAGAAACUCAAGCACCCCAGACCGAUCGCCUUUCAGCAUACUGCUCUGGAUGUGCCAGGCCAGGGUGAGCCUAGCAGUCAAACAGUCCCUCCUACCCAGUGGUCUGCAGCACCUGGGCACAAAAUGGCCUCUGCUGUCAGAGGUUGCUUUGAGCACCGCCGUGCCUUUCAGCAGCAGCUGAUUGAGGAGCAGAAGAGGCAGCUGCAAGAACAGCAGGAGCUGAUCCUUGAACUUCAAGAAGAGCAGAGGCUGAGGAGAGCUAAGGAAGAAGCUGAGCAAGCCACAGCGGUCACCAGGGCACUCAAUAAUCUGAUCCCAAAAGCAGGGGAGGAAAAGCUGAAGCAAUCAAGCUGCAAGAAUAUGGCACCUUUAAGUUCACCUGUCCCUUGGGAACCAGAGAGCCCAAAGCCAGCAGCAGCUCAGAACAAGAGGAACCAGAGCCGGCUGGUCUUGGCCCAUCCCAUACUGAAAGCCAUGGAAGAGAGAGCAAUUCAGCGAGCUGAAUGGAGGAGGAAACUGGAAGAGGCAAAGAGAAAACGAGAGGAGGAAAAACUGGCCCAACUGAAGGCUGAAGAAGAAGAACGUCAGAGAAAGGAGGCUGCAGAAAAAGAGGCCCAGUUGGAGAAAAGGCGAGAAGAGAAGAGACAGCAGAAACUGAAAGAACUGGAGAAGCAGAGAAGGCUGGAGAGAGAGCAGCAGCUUCAUACACAAGCCAGAACACAUUAUGAGAAGGUCCUGCUGAGAAAGCUGGGAUUAGAUCCCUGGAAGAGGCUGAGAAAACAAGCCCAGGAAAACAUAGUGGUGGCACAAAGGCACCACUGCUUGGGGCUCCAAAGGAAAUGCCUGCUUGCCUGGCUCCAACACACACAGGAGAUCCUUGCUGGGAAGAUGGCUCGAGCUGAGGAGUUCUGUUCCUGCAUGCUACUCAGAAGGGGCUUCAGGAGCUGGUUAAAGUACAAGGAUUCCCUCUCUACUCUGGAGGAGAAAGCAAGCAAGUUUCAUGCAGCCUCCUUGAAGAAGUUGUUCUUCUGGGCCUGGUUUGAUCUGGUCAAUGAGGAAAAGACUGCAUUCUGGGAAAAGCAGAAGAUUGCAGCUGAGCACAACAACAGCAUACACUCCCCUGCUGGUCCCUUGCAGAUGUGCUCCUGGAUAAUUUUCUUGAAGAGCUUCUCCCAGACUGAGGAGAAUGACUCUGACCAUGUUCCAUGCCUGGAGACAAUACCCAGCCCUGAUGAAGGAGGAAAGAGAGAAAGAGGCGAGGAGGGAGGAGCUGCGGCGGAGAGUUGCUGAAAUUCUCCCUGACUUCUGCACAUGACAAACUAGGGCAGAACGGGGACAGAAGAGCAGCUUCUAUGAUGAGCAGAACAAACCCAAGAGGAAGGCUGUGUUUGUAGGGGUGCAAGCUCACAUCUGAGGGACCCAAGCUCUUCCCCAUGUGGGGCAGGAGGGGUGGUAGGCUGAUGGAUAACCCACCAGAACCUCUUUCUGGUGCUUCUGUUUCCAGACAGAGUGUAACACUGGCAACCAGGCUGUUGGCUUUGCUUUCUACCUUCUGAGCCCCACAAUAGAACAGCAACACCUUGCUUGGUAGGUAGCAAGAUAUUGUGCGGGAUAAAUUCCAGCUGAAAUGCAGUCCACAUGGGGAUCGUUUUUGCUGUAGUUAGACUCUGGUUGUAGAAGUGAGACUCAAACAUCUGCCCUAAGGAAAAGCCAGCCCAGAACCAAAACGUGUCUUUAUAUCCUGGAGCAGAGUCCUGGGUACCUUUCUGUAGCCCAUAUCCUCUAUGGAGGUGACACGCUGUGGCUGUAUGCAAGGAUAAAUAAACUGAGUCCUUUGACAAUCCAAGACAGCAGUGUCAUUGAACAGCCCUUGUGCUGUGGAACUGUGCACAGAACCCAGCCCAUGAGGGAGAGCUGCUAAAACCUGUAGACACAGCGUCUGGGGUGAGGAAAACGGUACCCUUUAUGACAGCUAACAUAACUCUAUACAUGCCACCCAGCACUUGUGUAGAAAUUAUGGUAAUUAACUGAGGGUUGACCCUAUAGCCCAGUGCAGUGUUAUGUAGAGGUACCUGAGCUAGCUCUGAACAAGCUGCUUCAGUCCCAGAAGCAAUGUAGCCAUGUCAGAACGGUGCCAUGUAUACAAGGGCUAGUAUAUCCUGCAUGGAGUGUUGUGCUAAUGUAGGUAAGACUCCUUCUGGUUCCUCAGGAAGCUUGUUCAAAUUAGCCUGGAUUUAAAGAUGCAUAUGGAGGAGGAUUCAGCUAUGAAAGUCUAACACCUAGACCUCUAGCCUAGGACAGGGCAAAUUGCACUUUUAAUUCCCCCAGUACAGCUCAUGCUAAAGCUUAGGCUCCCCACUGAGGCUAUAUUUGAGCAUGUUUGCCCUGAAUACAGCUGGCCUUUUAUUGAUUAAAGGCUUUUAACUAGAAGCUAUUUCACGUGAUUUACUAUUGCAUGUAACCACCUAGUUGAAAUAAGCCUAACACAGGAGUUAAAACUGAGUGAAGAACCAGUCUUCUAGAGCAGUGGUUCACAAUGGUGGGCUGUGGAGGUGCUAUGGGUGGGUCACAAGGGCUGAUACUGGCAGGGAAGUAGUCAGGUGAUCCCCCUGCCUCUGCAAGUGGUCCCCUGGGUUGCAGGGUUGCCAGCUGUCCAUUGGACACUUGGUAAAAAGCCAGGCUAAAAAUGCCUGUCUGAAAAAUUCAUUACAAAAAUUGAACCAUUGGAGGGACUAAUCUUACUCAGGUGCAACGAUCCUCAAGUUAUAUGCUCAUGAAGGAAAUUUCUUUUGAAUUCCCCUCAAGACAGUUUUAUAGGCUGGGUAGCCAAGUUCAAGGCAUAACAACCAGAGCUGAGCCUGUCCCCUUUAUCACCCAGGCAAGUGCCCUACACCUAGCCUUGGCCUUUAGGCCUCUCCAUAUCUUUCAUGAGAAAGAAAUGCCAUACUAUCUUCAAGAUCAUACAUACGGAGAAUUCAGUUUAGAUUAAAGGUUCCUCCAUGAUACAGCUAUAAAGACUGCACAACCUGUGCCUAGCCAUGAGCACAAGUGAGUCCCCAUUUAUCUUCCCUUUGUUAAUAACUUUAACCUUCAAAGGGAAUUGACUCACCCAAGAUAUAGGAGACCCAGGUUCAGGACCAUGCUGUCAUUGAGAAAAUCCACAUCCCAGGCAAGUACUCUAGUCACCUGUUUACACCAUGGUAACAUCUUUGCCAAAAAAAAAAUUAUAAUAAAAAAAAAUAAACAUCCAAGUUUUAUCCUAAUGCAAAACAAAGCCAAAAACUAAAACUUGAGGAAAAAAUUAAGUAGAAUUCCUAUUUUCUAAACAUACCAGCCAAUCUCUCUCUCUAAAAAUUACCUCUUGAGUUGAAAAUACCGUAGGCCAGUAAGUAACUUUCAGUCACCAUUGGCUUUACUGAGCCUAAAUGGAAAUGUAGGUUUUUGGAAUACAGCAGAAUUGCCCUGAAGCAUGCAGUUGCCUUGUAAGGUAAUAGGGCAGGGGUCAGCAGCCUUUUCCGGCAGGGGGCCAGAAUGACCCCGCUUGGGUCCGAGAUGAACAAGCACUUGGACCUGGCCACCACUGCUACUCCCCCCUGCCGUGUUUUAGCACAGGGAGAACUCCCCUUCUAUCAAGGCCCAGGAGCCUGGCUGCAGCAUGAGCAGAGUCCCUUGCUGCUGAAACCAGCUGGAUCUGGCCCGUGAGCUAUAGGUUGCUGACCCCUGCAAUAGAGGAUAUAUUAACCAAGACCAUGCUACAGAUAAUAGAUAACUGUUUAUUUGAAAAUCAAAACUGCAUCCAUCUCAACAUGCUGGCCAUGUUACGAAGUGGAUGCAUAACACUUCUUUCAAUAAAGCUCACAAAUACAGCAUUUCAUGUUAGGAUUCCUCCCAAAACCUAGGGAUGAAAAAACCUACCCAACACACUCUUAAAUAGAAACAAUUUUUUUUAGAUCUUGUAUCCUUCACUGUAUCAUUAAAAACAGUUCCAUAAAGACACAAGCUCUUGAGAAGUCCAAUUUGCAAUUUCAGGAAGAACCUCAUCUGCUUCUUGCAGGAUCAUCCCUUUACAAACAUCCUGGGGCUGGAAGAAAGUCUUAGGGAGCCAAAAGCUUCACUGAAAACAGUAGAAGGAACUGUUCAUGACUGAACGCAAAAACACACAUACACAAACGCAUGUAUGCUUCCUGCCCUAAUAAGGCAAUAUACAUUCAUAGAGAAUCAUACGCUCAAUGACUUUCUUAAGAUACUAGGCAGUAUCCACUCUAGAAAAAAAAAAAAAUUUGCUGUAAAAGGUUAAGACACUUGAAACAAUCUACAUUGAAAAAAUAAAAGCACCAUUACAGCAUGGAGGCAGAAAUGUGUUUAGAAUCACUGGCAUUGGCAAUUCUUGAUCAGCAGUAACUUCAGUCAUUUGAAAAAAAAAAUACCCCUAAAGGCUAAGUGGUGGGGAUGGGUUACCGACAGUCCUAGGAUUGGUCUACAAGAGUGUCUACACAGAACAAACACAUGGUUGAGAAGACAGUUAAGGCAGAAUGCCAAGUUAUCACUCACAACAUGCAGCUAGUGCAUCAGCAGCACGGAAUUCACCAAAUAGGGCACUAGUAUUUGUGCACGGGUUUGAUACCACAACAGUAGGCGAGUGUUAUGAGAGCCUUGGCUCUUUCAGGUUCACCCUGGCCUGCACAAUGCCCACCACAGAGUAACAGUAGAAGCCUCAAAGGAGAACACAAGGGGGGGGGGGGGGGG